AUGAAACACAGAGCGUUUAAACUACAAAAACCCAAACCCAAACCCAAACGAAAUAAUACAAGAUUUGAUUAUUUGAUAAUACUCUUAUUAACAAGUAAUAUUAUCUUGCAACUUAUGUAUGCGAUCUGGGUAAAACCACCAAAUAUAUUCAAGGAUACAGGAGUAUCAUUGAAGACAUCAACAAAGAUAUUAACAACGAUCUUAACAGAAAAUAACAGAACUAUUGGUGAUAAUGAACAAAUUUUAUUAAAAAAAUUUGAAUCUUAUGAAAAUAGAUUAAUAUAUGCGACUUUCGGGGAAGAAGCACUUGUCGAUUGUUCAUAUUGUUAUGAUUUAACCGAUUAUUUCAUAUAUAUCGUACCUAAUAUCGCUUGGUCUUAUGUUAUAAUGGCGAUUGUACUUGGGGUUGCGACAACUUUGAAACGUAAAUCACAUUGGAGAACUUAUGGAGUAAUUUGGUUAGUAGGUUGUGGAAUGGUUGAAUUAUUCAUGUUCGCUUCGGUCGACUAUUCUAAACUUGAUAGUGAUGGGAAUAUAGAAUUUCUUUAUUGUUCGAUAUACUUUUAUAGGAGAUUAGCAUUUUCCGCAUUAUCAUUAGCGAUAAUAUUCUUUGAUAAAAUUGAAGAAAGAAGUAAUAUGGAAGUAUUAAACGAUCUAACGAGGAAAUUAGAAUCAAUAAUUUACAGAAGUAAGGCUUUGAGCAUUCAACGUACAAGUGUAUUAAAAGAUUCUAAUUUAAGAAGAUUAUUUACCGAAUUUUAUAAGAAAGUCGAGAUGGAUGAUAACACGGUUUCAUCAGAUCCUAGAUACAAAGAAGUUAGAGAGAGAGCUUUAUCAAAAUUGAAUGUAGAAAAAUUAAUGAAAGAUGCGGAACUUUAUAUUGAUGAUAUUAAUAAGUUAAAAGAAUCGGAAACUGAUAGUGAUUUAGCUGUUGGUAUGCAAUCUUCUACUUCAAAAUCGAGUACACAAUCUACUUCUUCAACAUCAUCUUUCGCUUCUUCUUUACUUAAUAUGGCAAGGCAAGGGUUUUAG